AUGAAAAGCUGGAACUGUAAAGGUGCUGAUGUUGUUUCUUCCGCUUUACCGCUGGCUACCUCAGGAUGGCACCUUGCGAUCCUCUACGGCUCCCGGUAUACCGAUAUUUGCAGUAGCCUGACGACGGACCUUGGCCAGUCGUGA